CAAGAAAUCGAUUCUCAGCUGCUCGUUCAUUCUCCUCUUACCAAAAAAAUAUGCAGAGUAUUUGUUAUUUAAUUACAUAUUUAAUUAAUUAAUCGAGUUAAUUAAUAGGUGCACUUGACCGUAAUUAAUUAGACAACUAUGGCGAAGAUUAAACCUUGUGGAAACUGUUGCGAAAAAAGUUCAGAUCUCGUGUCAACAAUUUUUCUAGUGAAAAACGAAGUCGGCGAUGGCGGCGACGGGACAAAUAUUUCCAUUUCUGCCGGACUUUCCUCCCUCUUUUCCUUCUGGUUGGGGUCACCGCGCAACGCCGUCCCCGGUUCCUCCUCCCCCUUGGAAUUUUGCCCCAAAUGUGCCACAAUUUUUCAGGAAAUGUACAAAAUUUCAAUCCAAUUCCAAUCCCUGGGCGGAAAUGGGAGCCAAAUUUCGAACCGGUUAAAAAUCCUGAGAGAAGAGGUAGCCAAAGGUCAAGGAACCAAGUCAACUGAAGGAACAGGACAAAUGUCAAUGACCCCGAAAAAUGUGGUCAUUAGGUUCGAUCCGGAAGAACGCGAUGACCCUGAGCAAGGUCAAAUUAAAGAGGAGCCCUUAUCUGGUGACGAUGAACCCCCGUGGAUGGGCGAGGACGGCGAGAUUUUUGGUGACCACGACCAGUUCGCCAGCGACCCACUUCAAUUAUGUCAAACUGAAGAAAAUGACGAUGAAUCCACAAAUUUUUUGCCACUCUCCUCGGACUUUGUAGAUUAUCCAAAUCCUGGCGAUUUACAGUGUUCCAUUUGUUUAAAAAAAUUCGUCUCGGUUUUUGAAAACGUCCACCAUUUUCGCCAAGUCCACGACAAAAAUUGCAACCCACUCGAAUGUCAGGUGGACACUUGUGGGGAAAGUUUUCAGGAAUUUGUUCAUUUAAAAAGUCACAUGGAGUGGAAACAUCCCGGAGUAUCGUUUCCCCAGAGGAAGAGACCGACCGAGCGUCGGGGGGCAAAUGGGCAAGGAAAGAUCAAUUUGGACGAGAGAAGCGCUAUCCCGAUUAAGAAAGAUAACGCCGUCAAGAAACUUCCGUGUUCCGUGUGCGGCAAGGAAUUCAGAUCCCCCGCUUUACUAAAUACGCAUUUGAUCACGCAUACGGACCAGAAAAACCAUCCCUGCCCAAAAUGCGGGAAACGGUUUCGAACCCCAGGAAACCUAAAAAACCACGACCUCCUGGUCCACAUUAAGGAACGGAAAAUCGCUUGCCCCAUUUGUGGGGCGUCCUUCGUCCGGAAGUCGCAUCUCGAAAAGCACGUGGCGUCCCUGCACGAGCAGCCACGUUUUGCCUGUGACACGUGCGGAAAGUCGUACCCACGCGAGGACAGUUUGAACGUGCACAUGAAAAUCCACAGCGCCAAGGACGCUCACGAAUUGCAGUGUCCCAUCUGUUCGAAAUUCUUUGGGCGGAAGUCCUCCGUCAAGCUGCAUAUGAGGAAAUUCCACCCAGGGGUUAAUAAUUUCGAUGAAACGGGGGAAUUAAAAAUGGAGGGAGAAUAUAUGCCGGAGGAUGAAAGUGCUUAUAGUUAAGGAAAUUGGGGAGGGGGGAGCAAAGAAGUGUAGUAACUAUACCUGUUCAAAAAAUAUUUAUUCAUUCAAAAUUCACUUGAUUUAAAAAUUGGAAAAAAUUGUUCGUCAUUUAUUAAUUUAUACAAAAUUUGAAAUAAUAUUUAUUCGUUAUUUAUUUUUUAUGAAUUUUAUCUCAAACUUGCCUUGCUAAAUUUCUCAAUGUAGCAAAUAUGUAAACCGUAAAGUGAAAAAUUAAUCCAGCUCUAUAUGAAGUUGCAUGCAGUAUUGUUUUCAUGAAACAGUUUUUUAUGAAGUUUUAAUGCAGUUUUUUUCAUGAAUAGGUUUAAUUUUUCAUGAAAUCGACUAUUUAUGAAGUUAUCAUGCAUUUUUUUAUGAGAACAGUUUUUUAUCCAUUUUUACUGCAGUUUUUUUAUUAUUCAGCAGCUUCAUUCAUGAAAAGUUUGCAUGCGUUGGACGACGGCCAACUGGAGAAACAAAGUCGAGGGCGCGAUCCAAUUUGCAAGUUUCACAACUCACAUCAGAUGUUUUGGGGUUUAAAGUUUUCCUAAAUACUUGCAACAUUUCCUGGUAAUAAAUUAUUACCAGUUUGCUAUUCAGUAUAA